AUGAUCACUGUUUUAUAUUUACUCUUCAUACAAUUUGUCUGCUGGUAUCCCGUUCAUGCGGUUUACAACAAGGAUGUCACUUGUAUUAUAGAUCAGGGCCUAGACCCGGUUUGUAAAGUAUCAGAGAGGGUCCGCCGCAGAAGCAAUCUAGAGACAGUGCCAUCACACGACCCGUACAUCCCCAGGAACGCCUCCAUACUGUACAACUGCACCACAGAAUGUACGCUAAUGAAGCCCACCUCCAUGAUAGACAUCAUCUCACCGAAACUCUUCCUCAAGUCUUGCUUCUUAGAGUUUACUAAGAACGAUGACUACAACUGUGACCAUAUCAGAUACCAUCACUUUAAGAACGCCGAUAAACUUUCAUUCUUAACUAAAGUUUUACCCAAUAAAACCCACUAUUUGGUCGACUGCUUAGUGUACGCGGACGGUGGUAGAGUGUGCCACAAGAAUGAUGGUUCCAAUGCUUCGUACACCGGCCUGGUGGACACUGGGACUAUAGUGAGACCGAACUCGACUAACGUCCUGUCACAGGACGAGUUUAUUUGUGAGGAAGACCAGGAUAGGCAGAUAUACUGUGAUCUAAAUAAAUACGUCCCAUUCGAUGACGGCCUGAAAGAGAAAGAGAAGGUAAAAAUUGAUGAUAGCGUACUCUUAAAGACAAGUUCUUGGGUCGUCACACUCAAACGAACUUGCGUCAACUCGUGGUGCGGCUACAGCGGGAAGAUAGCAUCUACCAGAAGAUAUUCCUACAGUCCUCCAGGUGGUAAAGUGUUCCGAUGUUUCUACGCUAAAGGACAACAGGUUUGCAAAGAAAUCGGCAGUCCCGGUAGGUUAGUGUAUAACAAACGUGGUUGGCUUGAUGGGAGAAGCUGA